GCAUUAAAAAUAACACCAUCGGUUCUAUCUUACUUACCGAUUCCGGGGGCGGAGUAGAUGAAGUACAAUGCGGAGGUGGACAAUGAAAAAAGGAAUAAAAGCCCAAGGAAUGACCUUCUCCGGAACCGCAAAUGUGUCGGCAUUAUACAGGCAGCAAAAGCACACACAGGCACGUUUUGCGUUUGUACAACGACGAUCGACCAGUUCCGAUGUGUCCAGAUGCCAGAGCCAGUGGUCCACGGACAGCCUGGGUUAAAUGAGCCGAGUAGGGUGGCCGGGUCUGCGGCUGCGGUGAGAAUCCAGGGGCGAGUAGGAAGUCUAUAUCCGCGGCAGGUCUAGCACGGGAGCGGACCUCCAGCUUAUUCAGUCAAGGCAUUCAAAUCCCAUUCCUGAGAGGACAGUUUCGGUUUAGGUAGAGAGUGUGUCCGGUAUCGAAACGGUUGACAAUGAUAGCGCAGUUUUUACCGGCCUGCUGUUUUCAGUGAGAGACCAUCAUUUGGCUCACACACACUCGUCGCUGAUGGUGUUUGACCGCUCCUGCGUUUUGCUCGCCUGCCUACUGGCCCUAUGAAUGGGGCAGCCCCUCCGCAAAAUGAGCAAUACCUAAAGUGGGCGUUAACAGUACCCAACUAACAAGUACGUCCUCGCUGAACGUUCAGCAACGUAACCUGGCGACCAACACACUUAAUGAUCGCCUUGACAACAUCGUCCCUCAAAGCGUUUUUGCUGAUCAGAAAAUACAAAAGCAUUUAUAUGACCAGGAUUUCCUGCUCAUAGCGGGUUUGCCGGCUUGCUCCACUCCCCUUUCACUCCUAGAUGAAAUCAAUCAAGAUAUAUCGCUUAGGAUGUUAUCUUGGGCUACAUUAGUUUGUUGGUGUACACACACGAACUAAUGGUUAAAAGGUUUUGCAUGGAUCUACUACUUUGUAUUUAUCAAUGUAGGUUGCAUGCUUGAACUCAGCCACCAUAGUCAUCAUAAAUAUGUGUAACAAAUAUGUGUAUAUUAAUUUGAACACAAAACCUUUCUUGACUUUUGUGCCUUAUUUUGUGUUGUGGUACAUAUUAGCUUUUAAAUUUUAUUAUAUAAUAUUUUAUUUUAUUUUUCUAUGUUUGGACUGCUUUAGCCAAUAGGCUCCAGGUUAAAAAAAAUACAAAAAAGCACAUAGAUUUGUGAACAAUCUUGGUAAAAUAGGCCCACACAGGAAUGCAAACAGAGGCUAUGAUUUCACAUCCCCUCGCAUUAUAAUUACCUUUUUUUAAAAACUCAUCUCGAUAUAAUGUGUUCUAUCUUUGUCCUCUUCCAUUCAAAUCCACCCUAAUGAUUCAUUUAAUCGUGACAGAUGUAUUUCUGGUUUCCUUCACAUGCAGGUAAGUUGCAUCUCGCACAAAACUACAAUAACCAUAAAGCAUCGGGCAGACGACUGCAAUGGACCAUGGGAAAUCGCGUUUAUAAGGAAUACUGGAAAAGCAACAAGACUCUAUUUUAGCGCGUUACAGCGCAAUGUUGUAGAUAACAUAUAACAUGUAUGAAUAAAGUUUUGUCUUUUCUUAAUAAUUGAUUAAAACUACACUUUUAUCUGAGCUGUCUAUGCUGACAUUAUUCAACGAAAGACUACAACUCCCACUCCAGCCCUCUACCAGGAAGUAGAACAGUGAUGUCAACAGAUACACGAAGCUGUCGACAUGGAACUUCGAGUUAUUUUAAUUGUCAAAUGCUGUAUUCGGCUUUAAAUUUACCGGCUCGAGAAUGAGAGGCGUUAGUCGCAAUAUUUUGUCGCUGUUGUUUGUGUUGUUUUUGGUAAAUGUCAGCCUUGCUCACCGAGAAAGGAGAGAAGACUCUUUGGACCUGCGGGAGAGAGGUGACGACGACGGUGGGGAUGUAAACCACGACGAAAAGACUUCAGUUAAAAGCCAGGAAGCAUCUAGUAAACACGAUAAUAAGGAUGGAGUUGAUUCGCAGGACCAACAGAAGGAUGGGCAGCCCGUCAGGUUCGUGUUUAUUUAGUUAUUAUAAAGACAAGUGUUUGUAACUAGCUAGCAUUAGCUGUCAUUGAAUAGGCUUCUGGUGUCACGCUUUUGGCUGCGCAGCAUACCUGUUAGGUUACACUCCACACUGAUAAGGCAUAGUAUUAGAAACACCUGAGCACGUUAAUGCAAACCAAUACGACAGCUCUACCAUAAACUCAACAUUGAUGAAGCCUCAGAAUCCAGUUUUUGUUCAUACAAUUAAACCAGUCAUAAUUGUUCCAUAAUUUUUUGAUGGUUGGAAUUGUAGUGGGAGUUAGUUGUUGCAUUGCGUUGAAAUAUAGUGAAUAAGAAGAACUUUAUUAGUCUCCAAAGGGAAAUUCAAUUGUCUGUUGUCUCACUUGACAUGUCUCUAAAGGUUAUCUACUAUUUACACAAGAGUUAUAAAGUCUGAUGGCUGUGAGUACAAAAGAUCUUCUGAAUCUUUCUGUCCUGCAGCGAAAAGAGAGGAGCCGUCCAUCACCAUUGACCCUUUGGUCCAUCAAGGUGUUGUGAAGUGGGUGAUCCAUGUUCUUUAGAAUAGUCUCCACCUUCCUCAGUGUAGAUCUCUCCACCACAUCCCCCACUGAGUCCAGCUUGAGUCCAACCACAGAGCCGGCCUUUUUCACCAGUUUUUUAAGACGUCUUGCAUCUUUGUGUUUGACACUUCCUCCCCAGCAGACUGCAGCGUAGAACAGAACACUUGCCACCGCAGACUGAUAAAACAUCUGCAGCAUCUUACUACAAAUGUCCAUUGAUUGGGGUCGUCUCAGUCUAUAUUCUUAGACCAGUCCAACUUAUUAUCCAGAUGUACACCUAGGUAUUUAUAUGAUUUCACCAGUGUUGUUUUCGUUGACAAUGACGUUGAUGGAAAUAUUUCGUCAACGUCAUCGUCAACGAAAACAACACUGCAGAAUAUAUGUUUAGCGUUUGACUGAGGAAAUGCUCAUGAAUUUUGCAACUCUGUUCGUCGUCCACCACUUACGUUUUCGUCUUGUCUUGUCAACGUCACGUCUUCGUCGUGGAAAAAAGGGACGUUGACGAAAACAAUAGACGUUGAUGAAACAUGUUGGUCAACGUCAUCAUCAAUGAAAACAACACUUCACAGGCUGAAGAGGGGGUUUGGAUCUAUGGAAGUCUAUGUCCAUCUCCUUUGUAGACUGUCCAGAUAGUGGAAGGUGUUCCUGAUAUUUUCCCCCUACAUUUAUGUCAAUUUGGAGUACAAAAUAUGAGGAACACCUUUCAGUGUACAAGCACUGUACUGAGUAAGCUGUAAUUUGGUUAAGUUAAAUCUAGCAGGAAAAGCCGUUUUGUAAGGAUUUUCAAGUAACGUAUCAGACAUCAAAAGCUGCUUAACCAACUAAGGUGAAGUUACAGAAGGUUUGUUUGAGGAGAAAACAGCUAUGGUGGUUGUAUGUACCCCAAAGUAUUACAGUCAGUUGCUGAACCGUCACCUCCUUUAUUUAGCUUUCUUACUCAAAUACACAGGUGUGUGCUGAAGAUAAGAGCAGGCUGGUUUGCGAUCCAGACUGAAGUCACUCAUUAUGAUGUUGCGUCCUGAGGACAACCAUGCAAACAUUUGCUGUGUGAUACAGGGACAUUGUAAACACUGAAUUCCUGCAGUGUUUCCUGCAUUACAAGUGCCAGACUUGUGGCAACUCCGUCCAAGGUGUAGAGGCUUUUCUGUGUUGCAAUUCUGCAUUACAAAUCAGGCCCUGAAUAUUUGCAUUAGUAUUUGACUCUCAUUUCGGAAUGAAAAUUAGUAUGGUACUCAAAGAUGUUUAUUUUAGGAGGAAAAGAUUGGUUUCUCUGAAUGUACCGAGGGUUAAAAUGAAUGGGGUUUCAUGUUCAGCUGAGGUUUCCGUAAAGAGACCGUUAUCACAAACUAUGUCUAUUGAUCAACAGAAUUUCUACAAUGGUUAACUCAAUGAUGUCAUGUCUUGUGAUCUUUUCUAUGCCAAAUCCAGAUCUCUGUUUAUCCGCCUGAUUUAUAAGUUUAUGGAUUUUCUUUCGUCUGCCUCUCUACAGCAAGCUCAAUGACACAGAUAACAACAGCAAUGAGACCCUCCACUCUACCACACCUGCCGGGAAGCCAACCACUCUGGCACCGCCAACCCCUAAGCCCAUUUUGCCUGUGCAGACGGGCGUCAAGGCUCAAGAAGAAGAGCAGUCCAGCGGGUUGACCAUAUUCUUUAGUCUGCUGGUUAUUGGUGAGAAGCUCUUUAUGUGCUGCAUUGCAGAAAACCUGUCUGACUCAGUCUUUUCAGUCUGAUUUUCCUUUGCAGUCUAUUACUGUCAGCAGAAAAUGCUCAAGCACAUUGUUUUUUUUAGAGUUUUGUAGUCUAGGGUUUCUCUAGGCUACAGGAUAAGACAUGAAAAUGACACACCACAAUGCAGGAAGUAGAUAAAGGAAAGGAUGUGGUGUAAUGUUUUCGUCAGAUACAUGAUUCGCCCAAAAUGCACUUUGUGUCACAUCAGGUUAAAUCAGGUCUUUACCAUUUAAGACCAAUGCAGUUGUUUAAAUCAUGCAUUAUGUUGACACUUUGAUGAAUUAAAAGAGGGGUAGGCUGGAUCUGAGGAAGUGCCAGUUUUAGGGUAUAAUCUUGAAUGUAAACACUACCCCUCUCUACCAGUUUUCCCCUCAGCUCCUCCUCUCUCCUUCGUCUCUGCUCCAGCAAGCCCCGCCCACAAACAGACGCUCGUCCUUGCUCAUAUCGUUCCAAUUAAAUUCAGGUAUAACGUAGAUAAAUACUUCAAAUAAUUACAAAUGGGGCUCAGUCAACAUGAAAGUAAAAAGCAUUGGUGCUACUGUAGAUGCUGACAGACUACCAGCAAACACAAUGUUUGCAGGACUUCUACAACUAGAAUAAAGUGACAUACUCCAGGACCCGAGGGAAACAGUUUAGCAACGCUACAACAUGCAGCAGGUCCCGUUUGACAAGAAACACUUCUGUUACAUCUGGCUUAGUUUAUUAAAGAGGUUUACCUGUCCAGCAGAAAAGUUACAGGGUCCGUAAGAUCCCGAAGCGUCCCCCAACAUUGUUGACCCGGCUUUUUUAGCUCUUGUCCGGGUGGUCUAUCUCCUUUUUAAGCGCCCGUAAUUCCGCCAGAGUCUCUGGUAUUUACUUCAUUUUCUUGCUUGUAUUUGUGGUCGUGGCUAAAGGAGGAUUCAGAUGAUUUUCUGUACUUUCUGUUUGGUUUCUACUGUCUGAUAUUGUAGCACGCUAACUUUGUUUGGGCUCCUGAACGACACAGAGGAGCAGCAUCUGUCUCACAACCAAUCAGGUUGGGGGAGGCAGAGAAUUGCUAUAUUUCCAGUCAGAAAGAGUGGACCGCUCUAAAACUUUAAAAUGUUGACUACACAGACAUAACAAAACACAGCGAUAUUGUGAUAUUACCAAAUGUCAUCAAUGACUAAUAGCUAUUGACUGAUAUUAAAAACUUUUUUGUAUGUACACCACAAAAAAGAUGCUUCUUGAACGGAUUCCUGCCUACCCCAUCUUUAACUUUGUAGACACAAACAGAACUUAUCGCUAUCAGCCUAAUACUUGAAAACAACAGGAAUGUGGCUUAUUGAAAGCAUAACAUGCACGUUUAAAUCAUGGGCUGUAUAAAACAUGGACAUAGUUCCUGUUGCUUCACUUUGUGAUGUCUGAGAAACAUCUUAAACCCAACAAUGAUGAUUAGCAGGUUGGAAAUGCUGAUUAAAUCUGACUUUUAAUCGGCCUAGAAAGUAGCACAGAAGUGGAGUUGAAGCAGGCAGUCAGCCUCCUGGCAAACAGCUGAGAGGUGCCCCUACCUGUCUGUCAACUUAGCUAGGUCUCUAAUUGUGCCAAUUUACAUGUGACUCUUGGGCUUUUUAACCAUAUUGGCUCAAUUUCUCAACCCUGGAGGGUCCUGCUCGGGUCUAACUAUUAAAUCAGAAGCUUGUCUUACAUUGUAAAGGUCAAUAAAUGAGGGCUCAUCUCAAAGUACACACUGGAAAGCCAACAUUUGUCCAUUUGCUCUCAGUUUUAAUUAAGCCUUAAUUUAAUCUCCCUGAUGAGAAAACAGUGCAAAAAAAGAACCGGCAUACACUGUGUGUUGUGUUUUACUUAUCCCCAGCCCUCUGUUUUUAUUGUAUGUAUAAAUUGCUAUUUACUUCAUUGGGGCCUUGGGGUUCCUUGUGUAAUUAGCUAAUGUGCAUAUGUACUGAUUUAACACACUGACAUGCACUAUUAGAGCCCUGUGGUACUGUAACAAGCUGACUUUACGUUUUAAUUAGGGGCAAUUAUCUUUUAUGCACAGUCACAACUUUUAAUUCAAAUGUCAAGCAACUGCUAUGUAGUCAUAAUUAUGUCAGGCAAGUGAAUUUGAACUAAUAUGCAUAAAAAUAUGUAAGAAGUAAGACCAGAAUGAGGUGAUUUUAGACUGUCAAGGAGAGGAAAAUGAGUUUGAGAUAGAUUUUAUGAUUUCUAUAGACAUCCCUGGUUGUAGGUUUUGCAGUAGAUAGCAGCCUGGAAAAGAUGUUAACACUUUAUGAUGGGGAGGGGGGGUGUUUUGGGGCUGAUCUGAGUGGGUGCGACAUGGAUGGAUUUGUCCUGAAUAUUCAUUCACCGGUCUUCCCUCUCUACCCCAGGUAUCUGCAUCAUAUUGGUGCACCUGCUCAUCAAGUUCAAGCUCCAUUUUCUUCCGGAGAGUGUGGCUGUCGUGUCCCUUGGUGAGAACUUCUUAUGUAAUUUGUUGCUCUGCACAGGUUGGGUAAAAAAAAGUAACAGUGUUUCUAUAUUUAGAUCCUCUCUUGGAAGAAUAUUUCUUUUUUUAGAGCAUGUAUAAAUAAUGAAUUUGAAGGCUUUUCUCUGGAUUUGCGUCUUUUACUCAGACUUCGCUUCCUUGUUUUCUUUUCUUAAAAGUAUGUGUGAUUGUUGAUUCCGUCCAUUAUCGCUCCAGCACAAGAUUAAAGUGGAGGUUUAUUCUCAACGAUUUAUUUAUCUCUGGGGAUGUCACUUUCCUCCUGUUUAAGUUUACUUUAAGUUCAGUUGAUUUCCCUAGAGGCCGCCCAUUGUCUCCAUCUUUGCUUAUUUGUGCAGUUACACUCUCCAUUCUCAGUGACACAUACCUGUCUUGACCCUGAAAACCUUUUCCUCCCACGUGCCUUGCAUAUUUCCAGUGAGACAGAGCUCAUCUCGGGGUUGUUAGGAGCUGGGGACUCUGCUGAAGAGAGAUAACACUCUGCUUACAAAUCAGGAAGGACUGCUUUUCCUUCCUCUUCACUUCCUCUCACUCUCAGCGACUCUUUGUGUCUUUCUCUCCUUCCCAUCUGCCUUUAGACGUGGGUCUUCCACAAAGCUUUGAUGCUUGUACUUAAUUUGUUUUCACAUUAUAUCUGCCUCUCUUCUGCCUCUGCCCUUUACUCGUCUUUGUGUUUUCUUUGCCCUUUUUAAUUAAUGUUCUGCAGGGCUGAGAAAAAACAGAGAGCCGAAGGCCCAAGGGGACUUUAACAAAGACAAAACUAAGACAAUAGCCCUUGUACUCUCCUCAUGUCUAAUUUAUCCCUAGUGGACAUUAGCCAGACUCCUGUUUGUUUUAACCACUAAAAUAGCUCUCUCUGCCUGAGGUCUGCACUCCAUCUGUAUUGUGGUUGCACUGCAGUUUUCACAUGAAGUUGUUAAAAUAUUAAUACAACGGUUAUGUUUUCUGUCUCCAUUCUCUUUCCAGGAAUUCUUAUGGGAGGUUUCAUUAAAAUCAUUGAAUUCCAGGAACUGGCCAACUGGAAGGUAGAGUUGCGCUUUAUUGUUAUACUUAAUUCCACCCAUUCUUGUGUGCAUAUUAAGCUUGAUACUUUCCUCGCUCACUAUCCAAGCAUGUGCAUGGAUAAAAUACACGAAAACAUUUGCAGUUUUUGAACUUUUAUGCACGUUUUUUUUUUUUUUUUUCCUGCAUAGUUAUUGUCUCCUUUUGAAUUAUAAAGUAUUUCUUUUUCAACUUGGUAACACAAAGCCAACAAACCAAAAACCCUGGGGACUGUUUAAAACAUUAAUAAAAAUAGAAUCAGAUGAUUUGCAAAUAAUUUGAUCCUAUAUUUGCAUAUAAUCCAAGAUUGAAAAUAGUUUAAGAAAAAUACCAAAUUUUCAAACAGAAAAUGGUCGUUAUUUUAUGAAAAGUACAUACUCAUUUUCAAUUCCCUGCUCGCAGUAUAUUUUUAAAAGUAAGGACAGAGGUGUGUUUGCCGUUGCGUUGAAGCAACUGUUUGUUAAUGACACCUUUAUCAAAUGUUUAGGAGCCAAGAAAACCAGUUUCUGGAGUUCUGGAAGGGAAUUGUUGUCCUAUUCUUGCGUAAUAUAAGAUUUCAGCUGCACAAAAGUUCAGACUCUCCUUUGUUGCUGUUUUGUCUCAUGAUGUGCCAAGUACUUUGAAUGGGUGACAAGUCUGGACAUCAGACAGGCCGAUUUAGCACCUGGACACUGUUACUACAGUACAAUUCGAGCUGGGUGAUAUGGCUUGGGACUGAUAAUACAAAAUGUUUAUGAUAUAUCACAAUACACAGCAUACAUAUAUACAUCUCAAUUUUUUGAAACCUCCUCUAAAUCACUGUUAAAACGUAUCUAAUGCAUAAAAUGAUACCCUUAUGAUGAUCCAAAUAGACUGUGGGAUUUUUUUUUAUUCCAUGCAAAAAGAGAGGAAUUACAGUUCAGAGCAAACUUUUUAUUUAGAGCCAAGCCAUCAGAUUCAUAAGCUUUUAAUAAAAUUAGAAUAAUGACAUGCUGUGACUUUUCUGUGACCUGGUUGUCAAAGAUCAUUUACAAAAAUGGGUCUCGAAGCAACAAAGAAGUGCAUCCAACAACCACAGAACCAUAACACCACGGACAUCAGACUCUAGAUAAUUAAAGAAAAGUUUUAUUUGAGCAGCACAACUUCAGUUCACAAUCCCCUGCUCUGUUGUGCAGCGUGUGUGUGUGUGUGUGGGAGAGAGAGCAGCCUUCACCAUGUCGUCAUAAAAGUUUGUAAUCAUCAUUAAAUGUUUUUCAAAGUCGGAUGAAGGUGAAUGUGGCUGUGUGUUAAUUUGAAGAGGGGAAGUGAGAUCCAAUCAUGAGUGAUCACUGGAGGACUGCAAAGGUUGAUUACACGAGUAGAGGGGUCUCUCUGAGCACAGUAUGCUUGCCUUGGCUCCUCUUUUGGUGCUCACCACACCCUCCUUUCCUGAUCCAAAAACAAGCAUGCUUUUUAGAUGUGAGAGGGAGUGUGCUGUCCGCAGGGAGAGGGUGAAAAAAGCUGCAAAGAGAAGGCUCAAAAUGUUUACAAUAUAAUUUCUGCUUAAUAGACCCAAUAUACUAGCUUGGCCAACCUCUGAGAUAUACAGAAUUACUAUAUUUUGAAUAUACUCAACACAUUGCACACGGAAGUACAAUGCUGUAGUGAUAUAUGUAGAAUGUGGUUUGGUAAUAUGUGAGGUAUCUCUCGUUAAAGGCAUAAACCAGGUGGUCCUCUUCCUCUUUGCAUGGUUCACUUUUUUGUUUCAGUGAAGAAUUGUGUUCAUAGAAAAUGAAUGCGAGUGAUUUUAGACCCAUGCAGUGAUUUCGACUGAGAGUCCUGUGUUUUUCAAGCCGAGUUAUCUGAGGGUCUGGAGAUCACACCCAUUCAGUAUUGUCUGGUCUCUUUUGACCCAGGUUUCUCCACAUUCUCUGGUUUAUUUUAAUGAAUAAGAAUUACUUUAUCAAUCCCCAAAGGGAAAUUCAAUAUUUACAGUAGAUUAUGGAAUUCUUUGCAUCUUUGGACUGAGGAAUAUGACUUUGAAAUUGUUGAACUAUUCACUCAUGCCAUCUUGCACAGAGGAAUCUUAUUUUAAUUUCUGGGAGACUCCACCACCACCUCUCUGGCAAACUCAAAUUUUUAAUCAAAAGACUUUUUUACUGUUGUGUUCUACCUGUCCCAACUUUUUUGAAAGGUGUAAAAUAAACCAUGUUCAUGAAACAGUACAAUUUUUCAUUUUCAAUAUGCGAUACGUUGUCUUUGCACUAUUUUCUCUCGAAUAUGAGGUUUAAUUAAUCUGUCAACGGUCAAACUUUGCUGAUGAAGUGUGGUUGUUCUUGUCAUAAUAUAGUUUCACAUCAAAAAUUCUGAAGGAGCACACCCCAUAUUCCCAAUAAGCAUCCAUUAACCCUUAGCUGUAGUUUUUUAUACCUGUCUUUCCACGCCUGGCCUAUCGCUCGGUCAUUCAUUUCCUGCCCACCUUUUUUUUUUUUUUUCUUGUCACAAAUCUUAUCGUUUUAUCUCCACUGUGUUACCUACCCCCGGUGACACGACCCAUUCUUUGCCUGUUAUCUGUUCCCUCUCUGUCCCUACGAGCCCUCCUUCUUUCUCCUGCCUCUCAAAGCCUUUAAUUAACAUUCCUUGUUCUCUGCCAGUGAGUGAGAGAACCAGUGAACAGGAGCAACGGUAGAGAGACACAGAGAGAUGCAGAGUGAGGGGGGUAGGGAGGCAAAAAGAGGACAGGUUGAGUCAAUGUUUCUUGCACACUGGGGCCCUUUGUUUUUUGGCCUGGGGGCCCCUGGGUGUUGCUGAAUCAUCAGCACUGGUAACCAGAGCCCCAUUUCCCCCACUUUACCCCUGUCCUGUGAAUCUCCAGCCUGCUAUCUUUAUUUAUGUGUUUGUGCUCUCAGACAAUAGACUUACUCACCUGUGCUUAUACUAAAUAGUAGAUGGGGGCUUCAUGGCCUACUAACACUGUAAAGAUUGAGUACAGUUUACUAUAGUAAAGUUGUUACAGCUUUUUAUGCAGGAGAUAGAAAUGUUGAAUUGUUUAUAGGCUUCUGGAGACUUGUAAAGACCCAGGCCUUGGUUAAAAUCUUUUAUGUCUGACUUUUUUGGUUUAAAAAGAGCCCCCAUGAGCAGGCACGCAACAUACAACCAGUUCAGCGAGUAAUCUGGCCACUUUUUUAAAAACUGGAAGCCUUUAGAAACUGUGUAAACAUUAAAUAUUCUACUUUCAAAAUGUUUAGUUCUCUUUUUAUUCAAUCUGUUGUUGAUUUUUGCAGGUUUAAACUGGUUACCUCCUCAUGCUUUUACCUACCCUAAGGGCACAGACAGGCAUGCAUGUAAAGCUCACCCUCAAGCUAAUCUAUCCAGUUCCCAGGAAAACCUCACAAUCCUUAAAAAGGGUGCAGCCCCCUCCCCCACUUUUCCAGGCAAUAGCAUCCUGUCACCACUAGCUUCGGCCUCAUCUUUCACCAGCCUCCUCCUUACCUUUCUUUUUUUAUUUUCCAACAUGACUUCUUCGUACUCUCCAGCAUAAAGAGAGGCUUUUCCCUCGCACUUUCUGGUACUGUUCACAGCUUCCUUGUCUCUCAUCUGCCUAUCCCUCCCCUGUGCUCUGACACAGAUUGAAGAAGAAAUAGCAUACUGGUAAAGAGUAACACGCCAGCAGCAGUUUGUCUCACAGGCCACGCACAGAGAGAGAUACAUAGGUGAAUGUAUUUUCAUCUUCAGAGUACUCCAGGUAGUAACUAACUUUUCCGUCUGUUUUAGUAGUCAAGCCUGCGCCUGUUUCUGGGCUCAUCAUUUCCCUCAGUGGCUGUAGUUGUGUGUUUUAAGCCCCAAAGGGCAGCACAUACUUUUAAUAGAUCUAUCUCAUGCCGCUGAAAGAGAGAGAGUGACAAGGAGAGCAGCUUUAAUUGUGGUUUGGGGGGCCUUUUUCUUCUGUGGUGAUGUCACCAUGUGUCAAACUUAACCCCCUGGGGAGCCUGUACUCUGAGUGAAGGUCUCUCUAUCGUUCCUGCUCAUAUAUUUUUUUCUUCUGCUAUCUGUUCUUGACGCUCUUUUAACUUGGCCCCUUCAUCUCCGAAAUUCAUCUUUUCUCAUUUAGUUCAUCUUCUGUCUCAACACUUCCCCGGAGUACGCUCAUCUUCGGCUCUCCGGUUUUAUCCGUUUCAUCACUCAGUCCCUUAUAACGUGUUUCUCUGCUGUCUGUCAAUAUCAGUGAUUCUAAAAUCCAAUUACCCUUUCCCAGGACAACUCUAUCUAAUGUUUUCAGGUCACCUCGGGCAUUUUGACUUAAGCUCAUGUGCUUAAACCAUUAGUCAAUCAACGUGUAUUGAAUCACUAACAAUUAGGUCUAUUGAUUAAUGAUUUGUGUCUUUUUAUUUAGCGAAAACUGCCAAACAUUUUCUUAUUCCAAGAUUACAAAGUAAAGAAUUUCAUUUUUUUUCCAUGUUCUACAUCAUUGCUGUUUCAAUGCACGUUUGUCCGGCAUUAGGUCUAUUUUUAGCCUGUCUUGACCUUUUGCAACCAAAGAAGAUCAGCUGUUCAAAAAAAUCUGUGAGCCAUCGUUCUUUAAGUGCAAUCCUCCACUGCAGUUUAAGCUCUUAAAGUAUAUCUACUUAAAUUAAUGUUAGACCUUAUACCUUUGUAUAUUUGACAUACACUUCUGUGUUAUAAAUGCAUUAAUAUGGAGGAAUGAGAAUGCAUGCAUAAUGCACAAAUGCAUUUGCAGAUUCUGAAUAAAAUGACAUAUAUAAUCACAAGUUCCCUGUACAUGUAGAUGCUCUCUUUCAGAAACAUGAAUAUGUUUUAAUGACAAAUAAUGCAAAAUACCAGCUUGCUGACAUCUUCUCAUAUGAAGCUACACAGUGAUGUGAAUGCAAAAUGAGUGUGUGCGCGUGUUCAGUUCAGGAGAGAUUCAUAUAUGUGGCAAUGAAACGUGUGCGUACAUGAAUGCUCACAGACGUACAGCUGUAGAUGUCAGACUCCAGAGCACUUACGGCAUACCUUCUCCUGGCUCAGGUGUUAAUAUUCAUUCCUGACCUUUCACCUGCCUGGAAGGAAGGAGUGCUGUUAGGAUAAAUGUCAAGGAAAAGGUGGAAACCUGGAAGCAUUUCUUGUUGACCUACUUUUUCAGAAAUUUGAGUGCAUAACAGACUUUUUUUCCCCAACAUAAAGUAAGAACCUGUAUAGACUAUCCAGGUUCUUAUCCUUGUCUGACUAGAUUUUACAGGCUGCUUCUGAGAGGAGCAUUGGGCUGAUGUGGAGCCACUGGGGGUGGGAAUCACCAGUGGCUCCACGAUGCAAUAUUAUCACGAUACUUGCCCCACGAUACAAUAUUAUCACGAUACGAUAUCAUCACGAUACUUGCCCCACGAUACGAUAUUAUCAUGAUACUUGCCCUACGAUACAAGAUUAUCAUGAUACUUGCCCCACGAUACGAUAUAAGUGUAUUUUUUAACAUUGUGCAAUACAGUGAAAAUUGCGAUAUAAUAUAUUGCGAUUUAAACCAUCUUUUUAACUGUUUAGCUAAUUUAGCAUUCGUCUUUCCUAUAUGUUUGUCUUAUUUACACAGUAUUUUAUUUUCACGUAGCACAUCUUGCUUACCUUCUGUGUCAGGUCCAUCUCAUCUGUGCCCUGCUUGCAUUCCUAAUGUCUUUCCCCAGGUGCUGCUGUAUUGGUUGCACUGACUUUCUCCUGCUCUAUCAUGUCACCUUUGCCAACCUCACUGGACAAACAGUUGAUUUUAUAUUUCCAUUAUCAUAGAUUUGACUUCAUAAUAACAGUUAAUUUGAAAAAAGAAAGCGAUACGUGGUCAAUGAGACGAUACGAUAUCUCACCAGACAAAAUAUCGCGACACUAUGCUGUAUCGAUUUUUUUCUCCCACACCUAAUAUUCACAUUUGGGUAAAACUGCAUAUAGUGUCUGGAUUGUGCAAGGAGGAUAUAAAUCAACUCUCAUUUCUGUUUUUAAUAGAAAAUAGCUCAUUUAAAAGUUGUCGACUCAAAAGCAGAAGGCAUUGACUUCAUGUCCAUCUGCUUGUGUUAACAGCGUUGAGAGUUGGACUCCAACAGCUGUUCGAAAUGCUCUCCAAAGCACAAAGAGAGAUUGUUGGUUUGAAGGAGGUAAAUGGGCCUGCCCUCCUCCAUCUUUCUAACAGCACCCCCAACCACAGACAAGAAAUAGAUUUUCCCUGAUGUGUCCUGGUAUUUCCUUCUUUUCCUUUUUUCCUUUUUUUUUUUACAAACACAGAUUAUGUACAGAACGCCCCCACACACAUACACACACACUUCUCAACACAUGGUGCAUCAUGCACAGACACAUUGGCAGCCAGAGCGUAAUGCACGGGCACAUGAUGCCUACGCCUGAUCUGGAAGGCUGGCCCAUUUAGCCGAGAAGCAACAAUGAUUUCAUUAUAUCGCUGAAAUAAUCAGAGAGCUCAGGUUUCUGAGAUAUUGUGCUUGUGUAUGGGUGCAUGUGUGUUUGUGUGAUUGACUUUGAGAAAGAGAAAAAAAAAAAAAACUCAAGGUAUUCACGUGUCUGUUUUCCAGUGUGUGAAAGAAAAACCUUGUCAGUCAUGAUGAGCCGGAAUUGCCUGGCAGGCAGGCAUUCCCCCCCUGACGAGCACCUGAUAUGUGUGUAUCCGUCUGUGUGUGUCUGUGUGUGUUUGGCAUUGAGAAGUCAACAUCCCAAUUUAUUUUGUCAGAGGAGCGCUUGUUAACAGCUCAGACACGGCCUCCCUUGUCACCUUUCCCCUCCUCUAUGACUCAGUAUGAAGUCAGCUGAUGAUCACCGAGGUGACUGUCAGAUGAAUAGCGGUGAAUAUUUGUUGAAGAUUGCGUAAUAACACAAGCACAUGUUCUGUUAGUCAGUGACACACACAUCAUCUCGCACCUCUGUUCAUGACCCCGCUCAUAUCAAAGUCUUUGAUCGUUGCUUAUCAGUAUAGUUUGUUCAUCUGAAAAGACUUAUGAAUGUAUAUAGCACCUUCUCCUAUUUCUGCUUUAAUUCAUUACUAUUACCAAGCAUUACUUAUUUGUCUAUAACCUGAUCUUAGCUUCUUUUUCUUCCUGUUGAUUGAGUGAAACUUUUUCUCUCUGUCCAUAUCUUAAAGGAGGAGGAAAUGUUCCGACCCAACAUGUUUUUCCUGUUGCUGCUGCCGCCCAUCAUCUUUGAGUCUGGAUACUCUUUACAUAAGGUACGACACUGUGUAUGUGGAGCUGAAUUUACACAGCUGAAAGAUAAGGCUCAGCACAUAACAGACUUAACAGUGCUAAAGCAUCUGCAUUAGUUAGUCAAAUAAAGAAAAAAAUAAUGUUUCCAAAGGUUUUCAAGCAACGCAAAAGUAAUUCAAUCAUAGUUAAUUCAGAGGACAAACUAGGAUCUUUGCAGGCGACAUACAAGGCUCAGCAUAAAUGAGUAAACCUCUUCAGAGUUGUCAGAAAACCUUUAGUUUCCUUUCAAAAUCAACAUUUGUUUAUGUUAGACUAUACACUAAUACUCCCUCAAAUGUAGGCCAUUGAUUGCAAACGAGAUUUUUUAAGUUGCAUACAAAAAAGUAAUUUGCAAUUUAAAAUCAGGAUGCAAAAAUGAACACACCCUCAUCAAACUUCUGGGAGCAAAGCUAAAUUUUAGCUACCAUAUCACCCUUAUUUCCAUCUUCUGGUAAAUAAAAUGUAAAUGUGCUUUGUCAAAAACUUUUGAAAUUGUACUUUUGCUCAUCUAGAUAUUGAGUAAUACUUUUAAUAUGGGGGUGUACUGACUUAUGCUGGGAACUGUAUUUGCCUCAGGCUGACUAUGACACGAAGAUAUUGCAGCAUCAGCAGCUCUGCACUCAGUCAUCUGUUCCAGUGAACAUUCCUUAUUGUAAAGUCUUCUUUCAGUUGUAUCCUUUAAUUCCUGUUGUGUAGUGCCUAACUGGGUUUUAAAUGCGAUCCAUUAUUUUCACUAUCUCAACAGCUUCAUGUGUCUUCUGAUAUAGUCUUCAUGCACACUCUGCUUCAUUACUCCAAACUAUUUUCUCCUGACCUGCGCUCUCUAUGUUGAGUAAUGCUGUGUAACUUUAAAUGUCAUGCUAUUUAACCUAUGAGCCUCACGUUUGUGUGUGUGUGCACAGGGGAACUUCUUCCAGAACAUCGGCUCCAUUACUCUCUUUGCUGUGAUUGGCACCGCUAUCUCUGCCUUCAUCGUCGGAGGAGGGAUCUAUUUCCUGGGGCAGGUGAGGAUUUCGGUGGAAUCUGUUGACAUGUCCGGUAUUCUCGCACCCUGUUUACGGGAAAAGUGUGAAUUUUAUUACAUGUCUGAACGGAAUGCUUGUAUAAGCCCCUUUGAUUUCUGGAGAAGAGCUUGUUAGUACAGAGGACAGUUGUGUAUUUAAAAAUGCGCUUCUAAUGCUAUGUCUCUUUUCUGAUGUUUUUUUAAGGCUGAUGUGAUCUACAAGAUGUCCAUGACUGAUAGGUGAGUCAUAAAAUUGAACAGCAUCAGCCCUGCCGGGAUUAUUUCUCCUCCUCUUAUCAAAGUUUCAGGGGAUUUCUCUUAACCCCUCCAGACUGCUGAGCCUGCAGGCUUCUCACCUAAAAGAUAAACUCUCUUAGCCCAAAAUGACUGCAAGAAAUCGGAUACAAGCAUUUAAUAUGAACAUCUCACACUGACACCUCAGGUUUGCCUUAAAGGUCAAGUCAUUCAAACAAUGGGAAACUUCAGCGUUUAACUAUUAGAAAGCUCAAGACUGGAAGUUAAUCCAGCUGCCAGGGCUGGCUGGAGGAUAAGCUGAACAGCACUCCACACUCAGGUGUUGUUUUAGAGAGGCUUCAGGCUGUUAUUGUGCUCAAGUAUUCUUAUCCAUACUCCAACUAUGUUUACAUUCCAGCUGCUAUACAGCUUCAAAACCAUGACCUGGUUUUGUUUAUUUUCCCUUUACAAAGUUUGCAAAGACCACCUUUCAGUGGAGAUGUACAGAUUUAUUGGUCAGGCGAUAUAUUAGGAAUGAGGUAUUUGCAAAUUGGUUGGUCACUACCUUCUGACAUUGCUGCGAUUGUUACCAUGUUUUGUAACCGCCUUUGAUGCUCGGAAACCAGGAUAUUAUAUUUAUGUGCUUUGUCAAGUGUGCAUGAAAACAGAACCAUCGUCAGUAUGAGCACACGCAUGAGCGCCAGGGCUGGAGAUUUUCAUUAGAAUUCUUUUUUUAGCAAUAAUGAUUUGUUUUCUUGUCUUUCUUGUCUUUGGUCCUGGUAUUUUUGUGUUUUUAGCUGAAUAUCUGGGGAAAAAUGUCAGCGCUUUUAAGUAAAAUUUCGGGGGAAAUCGAAUCACAACACGAGCCCAGAGGGAAGGACAUAACUAGAAUUUGAUUAGGAAAGCCCCAGAAUGUUUCUAUUUUUUCUUUUCCAAAGUUCUGUGGUCAACAACAAACACUAUUCCAGUCAGCUCUUGUUAGAGUUUGAAUGACUAACAGCAUGAAAAUAUCACUGGGGAAGUUUCUUUUUCUUUUUUAUAUGUGGUUGCACGUACUGUAAGUUGAUAUAUUUUGAGAAUUAAGAAGACACAGAUGAUGUUUUAAAGAUAUAUACAACGUGACACUGUUGUUGUGGCUUAUUUGACACAGGCUGUAAUUAUGGACUUUCAGAUGACUCAACAAAGCUGAACAACCUUCACAACAGCAAUUUAUAGGAUUGUGUUGCAUUAGUGAUUGCAUCUGCUUUCUUGUUUUUGACGCAUUUCCUGUCUGGGUCCUCCCCAGACUUACAAUUUUUGUCUGUUUGUUAUUGUGUUUGUUUCUUAAUUCCUUUAGAAGUAUCUCAUAAUUACUGUGUUACUGUGUCCCUCUGCUCAUCUUCACUCCUUUGCUGCAGCUUUGCCUUCGGUUCCCUGAUCUCAGCUGUGGACCCUGUAGCGACCAUCGCCAUCUUCAACGCCCUCAACGUAGACCCUGUUCUCAACAUGCUGGUGUUUGGAGAGAGCAUCCUCAACGACGCUGUCUCGAUCGUCCUGACGAAGUAAGAGGCCCGACGCAGUCCCUCGUGGUUUGUUCAGUGUCCAGGGAAAAUCAGAUCAAGUAUGAGGAUGAUGAUAAAAGGCUGGGAAAAUAUUUAACUACUAAUGUCCAAAUUAUGUCCACAAUGAGAUGUAGGUGCAUACACACUCAGAAUGUAAGGUCCCUGAGGCAUCUGUUAGACACCUUUAUACCUCCCUGUUAUUUACUCUUACAUUAUAUUUACAGCUAAUUCGACCACUUGAAAAUUAAAAAAACAUACAUUCCCAUCACUCUGAAAAACUUGUUUCCAAAAAAAAAAAUAGAGAUGGCACACAAAAGACAUAAGGUCAAGGGUUUCAGGGUUUAAAAUGUUUUCUAACAUUAAAUUAUGACCUGCUUUUGACUAGCGAUACUCAAAUGCUUUUGUUUCAAUACUGUUGCAGGAAAUCAGAGGAGGAUUAAACGUGACAUCUGAGAAAUGUGACGUCUUAAAGCCACAGAGGCUUAAAAUAGUGAUCAGAUAAAUUCAGUUGACAUUCAUGACAUUCUCAGACAAGGCUUGUAGAUAAAAAUGAUUUUCCUCUGACUUUUUGUUUAUCAUGUGAAUCAAGAUUUCCAGAAAUGACUAAAAUGAGGUUUCAUCAUAUUUCGGUUGCAAAAAAAAGUUGUCAUUGUCACCAGGAGCGGCCUCUUCAGAGCGUCACUCUAUUAGGUUUGUUUACAAAGUCUGCACUAUGCGCACUGACUGGUGGCCACACAUGCCAGCAGGCCGACAAAAUCUUGACAGACAAGUUUGACGGAAACAGAGAGUUGGCAGGAUUUACUUGUUUGUACAAACUGCUGUCAUCCUGUUGGCUGUCUCUAUACUCACUGUAUCUGUGCCUUAUCUCCCCCUGCUCAGGACCAGCUAAAUGUGCAAAGUGAUCUCAAGUGUCUGCAUGGCCCUGAAGAGUAAAUGAGUGCAUGAAUAAUAGAUAUGCUGAACAGCCCUGGCAGUUAGCUUGUAGUUAGCACCUUAGAGGCCGGGCUUUCUUCAUCAGAUACUUUCCAGGAUGGCAGAUAGGCUUUAACAGCCAGGUCAUUAAUGUUUAUGAUUGUAUUUAAGUUUUGAAUCAGUUUGGUUCACUUUAAGAUUUAUGAAAUUUUAAAUAUCAAACUGGAUUUAUUAUUUUAGUUUGAGCCCACAUCUUUAAAGUCGCUCUUUCAACAUACUAAAAAACCUUUCUGAUCGUGCAGAUCCAAGUCCAAAAUACUUGUUUUAAAAUGACAAACUUUUAAAAAAAUCUUUUGAAAUGGUGAUUAAGCAUUACAAAAUAAAACAAAAACAUUACAAAACAUUACAAAAAACUAGCAGAACAUCACAACAAAUGCUCUCAUAACAAUAAUUGUAAGUGAGUUAAUCGAUUUAACAAAAUUCUCAGUAAUACAUUCAGAAUUUUGAUGUCAGUACUACACCCACUCUUAUCUGGUACAUAAUCAUGCGUCUAUGUUCAUAGGAUUCAGUGGUGGAGCGUUCCUGCCCUCUAGGGUCAGAUCAGGGUAUUGCAACAAUGACAUAUGUCUGUGAAUUAACCCAUACUUUUCCUUUUUUUUCCUUCCAGCACAGCCGAGGGGUUCUUUUCCCGCUCAGAUAGCUCCGUGGUGACAGGCUGGGAGACUUUUCUGCAAGCGUUGGGUUAUUUCCUUAAAAUGUUUUUCGGUUCUGCCGCCCUGGGGACUCUAACAGGACUCAUCUCGGCUCUCGUAUCCUGACUCAUUAUGUGCGUGAGAGAAAUGUGAAACUUGUGUGUGUAUGUUGAACUUCUUUAAGUUCCCUAACUCGCUGAUUAGUUUCUGAAACACUUUGAUCUGAGGAAGACUCCUUCACUGGAGUUUGGUAUGAUGAUCAUCUUUGCAUACCUUCCUUACGGCCUGGCAGAGGGCAUUAAGCUGUCUGGUAAGUGCAUAGACACACACACAUCCCCACACACUAAAUAAUGUGAUAAUGAGAUUAUAGUUGACUUUGUAGGUAUUUUUUUUAAUGCUGUGUUUUGUCUCCACCUGCAGGAAUAAUGUCCAUCCUGUUUGCUGGGAUUGUGAUGUCGCACUACACCCAUCACAACUUAUCUCCUGUAACUCAGAUUCUUAUGCAGCAGACCCUGCGCACAGUGGCCUUCAUGUGUGGUCAGUGAAGUCCCUGUUUUCCUCUGAAUUUCAGCUUUAUUUUCAUUUAACGAGAAGUCCUUCAUGCUAUUUUCAAACUGUCCUCUCCAGAGACGUGCGUGUUCGCCUUCCUGGGUCUCUCUAUUUUCAGCUUCCCUCACAACUUUGAAAUCUCCUUCGUCAUCUGGUGCAUAGUAAGUAUUCAUGCAGUGGAAAAGAUCAUCUUAACUAGGGAUGCACUGAUCCGAUAUUUGGAUAGGAUAUCGGCUCCGAUAUUGACAAAUUAACUGGAUCGGAUAUCUGAUGAAUGACGCCGAUCCAGCGUUCCAACCAGUCAUUUUUUAAAUUAAUGUCAUACACAGCAACAUAGCGAUUCUGUUCACUCUAUUUUAUGUCUGUCAAUCCUUUUUGCACUAAAUGUUUACAUGGAAGUCUUACUUCUUUUUGCUGUGUGCUAAUGUGCAAUUUGUUAUUUGUUAAUAAAUAAAUUUACAUCAGUUUUAACUUAACUUUUUUUUUUUUUUUUUUAACAAGGCUAAUGUCAAGCCUGAUGCCUUCACUUACAGGGCAAGGUAUACAGUUCAUUCAUUCAACAGUAGUAUAAGAUCGGUAUCAGAUAUCGGCCGAUACGCUCAGCCCAGGUUUCGGAAUCGGAUUGGAUCGGGAAAAAAUGGAUCGGUGCAUCUCUAAUCUGAACACGUCUUUUCUUUCUCUUGACAGUAAGAUGAUUGUUCUUCUCUCUGUAGGUUCUUGUUCUUCUUGGCCGAGCGGUGAACAUCUUCCCUCUGUCAUUCCUGCUGAACUUUUUCAGAGACCACAAGAUAACUCCCAAAAUGAUGUUCAUCAUGUGGUUUAGCGGUAAGGAGACACAAAGUGCAUGUAAAAACUGCAGGAUUUACAUAUCUCUCCUAAUGCGUGAUCCCAAACAUCCCUUUCACCUCCAUGUUCCCUCUUCUGUUGCUCCAUCUUGUAGGUUUGCGAGGUGCUAUCCCCUAUGCCUUGAGCCUCCAUCUGGGCUUGGAGCCCAUCGAGAAGCGGCAGCUAAUCGGCACCACCACCAUCAUCAUCGUACUCUUCACCAUCCUCCUCCUCGGGGGCGGAACCAUGCCGCUCAUCCGCCUCAUGGACAUCGAGGAAAGCCAGUCACGGCGAAAGAACAAGAAAGAUAUCAACCUCAGCAAGACAGAAAAGAUGGUAAUAGCUGAAUCGUGUAUAUUUCGCUUCAAUCUGCACAAAUACACACAGAUUUACACAGUCGGCUCAACACAUUGAUAAUUUCUGUGUCAUCCUCUCAUCCGCAAUCAAGCUCUCCACUGUCCUCUUCAAAGGAAAAAAAACUCAGAGGGUCGUUUGUAGCAUUUGUGAAGGACACUAAAUGAGCAGGAGUAAAACACACAUCACACAGAUUUACACUCAGCUGAUUUUAACAUCUCCAAAUAGUAAAAACCAGACCAGAGCUGAAUAAUUCGCACAGCCUUUGGCUAAAGUAUCUAAAGAACGCUCUAUCAUAGAUUUCACCAUGUGACGCUGUGUUUGCAUGACUUGUGAAUACAGUAUUUGUGUGUUUGAUCUUCUUCAAUGCUAAGUAAUAAAGUACCAGCAACCACAUCUCUAUCUCCCUAAAGGUUUCUCGCUCUCUUUGAUGCUAGUGCCUCGCUCCGUCUGCUGUUCCUUUCUCAUCUCUGCUCCUUUUUUAUGAGUGAUCUCCACUCUAUCACUCUCACCUCACAGUUCACUCCAUGAUCUCUUCCAACUCUGCUUCAUUUGUUGGCCCCUAUACAGGCAUUUUAUGGAAUUUAUCCAUUUCCCCUUCCUUUUUUUUCCCCUCUCGUUUUCUCCCUAGGGCAACACCAUCGAGUCCGAGCACCUGUCAGAAUUGACAGAAGAAGAGUAUGAGGCUCACAUCUACCAGAGACAAGAUCUGAAAGGGUUUAUGUGGCUCGAUGCUAAAUACCUUAACCCCUUUUUCACACGCAGACUCACCCAGGAGGUAAGAAAGAAAUAAAUCCUCUGAGAGGCUCACAAUGCUUUGAUAUAUUUCAUUAUAUUCACAGUUUUUCUGUGUUUUAAUGUUCAAUACAGCACUUACCAGAGGUGUGGACAGGGGUCACAUGGAUUUGAUGACUUUGGUCUUUACUUGACAAAAUUUAAAUGGACCUCUGACUCAACUUCAAUGCCAGUUGUAAAUAUGUUACCAACCAAAAACUGCAAGAUGACCCAGAAAAAAUGACUUUUAGAGAUGGUCAAACCUCUGCUGAGGGGAAAUACAGAUAAAUGCCAUUUAGCAGUUCGUGUUCAUGUGUUUUCAUAAUGUCUAAUAGUUGUUUCUCCCUCAGUUGAGUGUGAUUGUGGAAUGAACAGUGAAGUUUCAAACUUAGCCAAGGAGACAUCCAAACCAAAGCCGGAUAUAAGAUUAUAUAAAACCAGCUUCUUGCUUCAAGGAUGGAUCUUCUUGGAUGACUCUUUUACUUCAUAUUUGUUGUCCUAAUGCUAAUAUUUCAGAACGUCUAUUCUAUGUUGAGGUGGUUACAUGUAACGUGUGUCUUACAGGACUUGUUACACGGCCGCAUCCAGAUGAAGACCCUCACCAACAAGUGGUACGAAGAAGUUCGACAGGGUCCCUCUGGCUCUGAGGAUGACGAGGAUGAAGCAGAACUCCUGUGAGCUAAAAGAACACUUUCAGAUCAGAUAGAAACUGUGAAGGGACAUUGUGAAGCCUUGGUUGAGGGAGUGACUGAGCUUUUUUUUUCUUUUUUAAAUUUAAUUUUACACUCUUUGUUUACCUGCCUCCAAUUUCAUACGACAACAGAGUGUAUGUCUGCAUACUACAUGACUGGAAUGUGUCGAAUCCUUGUUGCAGUAAAACUGGAUAGAAAAUUGCAACUCAGGAUGAAGAAAAGAGAGUGUGAUAAUGCUGCUCCUUGCUUGAAUGCCAUAUUGUUUCUUUCCCGUAUGUUUCUUAUCUGAAGAUUGAAGUCUGAAGGGAGGAUCACACAGAGGUCGAAAUGGGGAAUUUUCUUGUGAAGCAAUAGUGAAGCACCUUUUCACGUUUUCUCUUUCCUUUUGUGCGGCUGUGUCGUCGUAGCACCGGGUUAUCAAGGUCUGAUAGAAGUUUUCCUUUGUGUCACGGGGGGAAAGAUAAAAUAUAUUGUUGCUGGAGGCUACAUUUUGUAAGUGGAAUUUGUAAUAAGUCACAGGUGCCUGCUUAGAAUAGCUUUCCAUGAACUAGAUUUAAUUCUCUCUGGGUCUCUCUCCACAUUUGUAUGCAUAAAUGAUUCUGAGUCAACACAUAUAUUCAUACUAUGUAAUGAAAAGAAAAUACCACGAGUGAUGCAUGAGCCACCGAGCACCCUCCAGCAGCAGAGAUAAAUGCAGAAGAGAGUUAAAACCAGUGAAAUGUGUUGGGCACAACCAAUAGAACAUUAAACGUAUAGCUUCAAGGAGUAAACUCCUGCACCAGAUAAUUGAAAAAUGCUUUCAUUUCAGAGAGUGGUGCCAGUGUGGAUUCCCUCAGUGACCUUUUUUUUCUGUUUACUGUCACUUACUCUUGUGGGUAUCACCACUUUUUUUGUGUUAAAACGGGACUUGAACUGUUGAUUUUGUGGUUUUCUAAUGAAGUUAAGCACCAAUGAAUGUGAGGGUAAGUGGAAUUAAUGUCAUGUGAAUGUUUAUGUAUAUUUUUAUUUAUUUAUGAGAUGUGUCUGUGCUGUAUGUGGGAUAAAAGCUUUUAUACAAGCUCCAAGAGCACUGCAGACAAAUGGUAUAUAUUAAAACAUAUUUACAUCACUUUCAGUUGUUUGUAAUACACUUGAAUGGGACAAGGUUUGUUUUGUUUAUUUUUCUGAAAUACCUAAUGGAAAAAAAACUGUUCCUACCCUUGAAACAUCUGUUGUGAGACAGAAGUCAAAUAUAUAUAUGCUCCCUUUCAAAAGGCUGUAAAAGAACAAUUUCAUCAUUAAAGAGGUUUUUUAGAAAACUAACCUUUAUGGAGAGAAAACAGUUGACUACACGAAAAAAUGUUUAUUUCUGUGGUUUGGGAAAAAAUACACUCUUAAUUUUAUGACAACUGUAGCUGGAGGCCUUGUGUUUUCCAGUUUGCAUGCAUGUUGAUCUUUCUCAAUAUUUUUGGACCCACUAUCUCUGGGAAUGUCUCCAGAUUUGGCACGAACAUCUGCUCGGACCAAAAGAUGAUGUGACCAUAAUGCAGUGGCGAAAGGUCGAUUUUGGUUUGGCUGUCACUCCAGAAUCUAAACGUGAACUAUAACUGUUUUUUGUCUUUUUAUAAUAGGGUGCAAUGAUAAAGCGGUGACAUUUUAUACCCCAAAGGUCAAAAACCACUUUACUGUUGGAUCUUCAUACCCUGGGAAACCUAUUUUUGGUCAUUGUUCGUAUCCUAUUGUUUUUAAAUUAAAUUUAUCCAAGCAACCAUUGAA